AUGGACAUCCUGAAGGAGCGUUAUAAAAAUCGUCGUCAGAUGGUCAGCACAUACGUCAACUACAUUGUAAAAUACAAAAAGUUAUCCGGAGGAUCUGCCGAAGAAAUAAUCAAAUUCCAUGAUUGCAUACAAACAUGCCUGACAGGCCUUAAAAAUCUCAAGUACAACGUAUCAGCGUGGGAUCCAAUAAUAGUAUCAAUUGCAAUGGACAAAUUUGACAAAGAUACCAAUAAAGCAUUCGAGGAAAGCAUCUUGGAUGUUACUGAAGUUCCUACACUUAAGGAGCUCCUUCGCUUCUUAUUAAAAAGAUAUUGUAUUCUUCGCGCAUCUACCAAGGAGCAAAAAUCCGCAGCCAAGGAUUCCAAACAACGAUCGUUUCAUGUCACAUCAGAUAACACACAAAGCUGUUCCAAAUGUAAAAAGGGACAUCCACUAACUAAAUGCGAAGAAUUCAAAAAACUCAAUCCCUUCGAACGAAAACAACACGCCAAGGAACAUAACAUAUGUUUCAACUGCCUGUCUCACACCAAGGAUAGUGAGUGCAGGAGUACCAAAACAUGCUUCACAUGUCGACAGAAGCACCACACUCUCUUGCAUUUCGACAAGAAGACACCAACCAAGAGCAAGAAUCUACAUGCUCAAAGUUCCUCUACCCAAGAUGCAUCAGUAGAGGAAGAAGACGAACCACUCGCUAUGUAUGCUGCUACCAGUUCAAUUAUUCUUCCAACGGCCGUAAUCAAGAUACAAGAUAAACAUGGACUGUGGCAGACAUUCAGAGCUUUGUUAGAUACUGGAUCGAGCGAUACAUUCAUUUCUGAGAAUGCCGCACAAAGCCUUAAACUACCCAGGCAAAAAGUUGCCACCAACAUUAAAGGGAUUGGAGAAAUGAGUGCAGGAACAUGUAAAAGCACUCUUGGAAUCACACUUGCUCCUAGAUUCCAAACAAACCAACGUUGGCACACUACAGCCCUUGUGAUGCCAAAAUUAUCAUCUUUUCUACUAACGAAACCACUCCACACUAGCUUCAACUUACACAAAACAGAAAAGCUGACUCUAGCAGAUCCAAAAUUCAACACACCCGGCAGGGUAGACAUCAUCCUUGGAGCCAACAUUUAUGCUCAAAUUAUUAAAAAAGAAAUCAAACGGGACAAGGACGGACUUGUUGCACAAAAUACUGAACUGGGUUGGAUUAUACUCGGAAGAUCCAAUCAAACUACCACCUCCAAAGAUACUGUGAGUAUGAUGUCACUCGCAGAAAUUGACCAAAACUUACGAACCUUCUGGGAAAUGGACGUCGGGACCAAUGAAGUCCAAGAACAGGAGGAAGAAUGUGAAAAAUAUUACAAAGACACCCAUCUCAGACAAAAAGAUGGACGUUACCAGGUUCGUUUACCAUUCAAAAGCGAACUAACUCUAUCACUGGGGGAUUCCAGAAGGCAAGCUUUAGCCCGAUUCUUGUCAAUGGAAAAGAAGUUUGCUCAAAAUUCUGCCUUACAAACAGAAUAUGUUACAUUCAUGAACGAAUAUCAGGCUUUAGGCCAUAUGUCACACGUAAAAAACUACUCAGGACCAACAGAGAAUGUUUUUUAUCUUCCACACCAUGCGGUAUUAAAGACCGAGAGUACCACAACCAAAACCAGGGUCGUCUUUGACGCCUCUUGCCGAACAUCAUCAGGAGUUUCGCUUAAUAACAUGUUGCAUGCAGGUCCUAAAUUACAACAAGACCUUCCAGACAUAUUAACAAGAUGGAGAAAAUACUCCAUAGUCUACACUGCGGACAUUGAGAAAAUGUUCCGUCAAAUCCAAUUGCAUGAGGAGGACCGUGACUUCCAUCGCAUACUUUGGAGAGAAAACCCACGGGAGCCCAUUCAGGAGUACCAGCUAAACACAGUUACAUAUGGUACGGCUCCAGCCCCAUUUCUCUCAGUGAGAACUUUACAACAGCUUGCCAAAGACGAAGGACAUCAGUAUCCAAAGGCAGCAAAGGUUCUCAUAGAAGAUUUUUACGUUGAUGAUAUGUUAACGGGUGCACACACAAUCGAAGAAGCUCGAAUGCUAUAUAAAGAAAUCCAAGACUUAAUGGCAUUGGGGAAAUUUAACUUGAGAAAAUGGACGAGUAAUUCUCGAGAACUCAUAGAAGAAAUACAUGAAGAUCUAAGAGAAAAAGGUAUUGUAACGAGUGGUGGUAAAACACCCUCUAUGCACUGUAGCUUUUGCUUCGCGCCAAAUUCCCCGCCUCUAUCUCUUUGCCUACUUGCUGGCGCAAUAUUUGUUGAGCGAAACCCGCCAAUUGUGUCCGUCCUCUAG